GUACAGAAACGAUCUCCAUGGCAACUGCUAUUCGCCUCAGCGGAGCAUCAUCGGAUCUUUACCACAGACAAUCACUUCGAAACGAUCGUUUUGCUAGCAAUUGUUUUCCUCGUUUUAUUUUAAUAUUUUAUUAACAGUUUUACACAGUUGCUUUGCUAAAUACUUGGCAGUGCGUGAAUGGGAAUCAAAGAGACAUUUCUGCUUCGCUAGCCCGCUAACGUUAGUGUGGUAGUGGAAUGGAUCAGUACAGUAUUCUGGGCAGGAUUGGGGAAGGAGCUCACGGAAUUGUUUUCAAAGCCAGACACAUCGAGACAGGAGAGACGGUGGCUUUGAAAAAAGUAGCUCUGCGAAGACUUGAAGAUGGAAUUCCAAACCAGGCCCUACGAGAAAUCAAAGCCCUGCAAGAGAUUGAGGACAACCAAUAUGUGGUGAAGCUGAAGGACGUCUUCCCCCACGGCACAGGCUUUGUGCUGGUGUUUGAGUACAUGUUGUCAGAUCUGUCAGAAGUCAUUCGGAAUUCCCAGCGUCCUCUCACCGCAUCCCAGGUCAAAGGUUACAUGAUGAUGCUGCUGAAAGGAGUGGCUUUCUGCCACGAGAACUCCAUCAUGCACCGGGAUCUGAAGCCUGCAAACCUUCUAAUCAGCUCGACGGGUCACCUGAAGAUCGCUGACUUCGGUCUGGCCAGGCUCUUUUCCAAUGAAGGAGAUCGUCUGUACAGUCACCAGGUGGCCACCAGAUGGUACAGAGCGCCAGAACUUUUGUAUGGUGCCCGGAAAUAUGAUGAAGGAGUUGAUCUCUGGGCAGUGGGCUGUAUUUUUGGGGAGCUGUUGAACAACUCUCCACUUUUCCCCGGGGAGAAUGACAUUGAGCAGUUGUGCUGUGUGUUACGAGUGCUGGGAACUCCCAACCACAAAGUUUGGCCAGAAAUAACAGAACUACCAGACUACAAUAAGAUCACGUUUAAAGAAAACCCCCCCAUUCCUUUGGAGGAGAUCGUGCCUGACACGUCACCGCAAGCUGUGGACCUGCUGAAGAAGUUCCUCGUCUAUCAGUCCAAACAGAGGAUCAGUGCUAGACAGGCUUUGCUCCAUCCGUAUUUCUUCACAGACCCUCUCCCGGUUCAUCACUCAGAGCUGCCCAUCCCUCAGCGUGGAGGAAAGCACUCCAGACAGCGCAUGCAACCCCCUUAUGAAUUCACAGUGGAUCGACCUUUACACGAGAGCUUGGUGGACCCCAGUCUGAUCCAGAGACAUGCGCGGAGCUGUUUAUGACAGCGGUAUGAGCAGAAAUGUAGGGCUUUGUACUUUGUUUCACACCAGGAAGUGGCCCAUUAAGUCAUACACAUUUAUU